AUGACAGAGAUUUCUUGGAUCGAUGGUAACAAUAGUUGCUGUUCUGUCUUUUGUUGGUCAGGUGUGGGAAAGUCUGGCUUUGUUGGAAAGAGCCACAGCCAGGGAAAGGAUGACCCUGUGUUGCAAUAUGUGGUUAACAACUCACUUAGGGAACAUCCAGUCCUCACCAAACUCAAACUGAGAACCUUUGAAGACUCAGGAAGUGGGAUGCUGGUUGCCAGUGAACAAGCUCAGUUAAUGGCAAAUCUCAUUAAACUGAUCAAUGCAACUAAAGCCAUUGAAAUAGGGAUGUACACAGGGUACAAUGCACUGAACAUGGCUUUGGCUAUGCCAGAGAAUGGAAAAGUGGUUGCUUGUGAGAUAGAAAGCACCUAUGUGGACAUUGCCAAACCAUUUUUCAAAGAGGCUGGAGUUGAACAUAAGAUAGAUGUACGACUUGAAAUGGCCAUGAAGACACUGAAUGACCUUAUUGCCGCCGGGGAAGCUGGGACAUAUGACUUUGUGUUCAUCGACGCUGAUAAAUUAAACUAUGACAAUUACUAUGAGAAGUCCCUUGAGCUCAUCCGAAAAGGGGGAAUCAUUGCAAUUGACAACGUGCUGUGGGGCGGCAAGGUUGUAAAUCCUGCUCCUGAUGACUUCACCUCCCAGAGUUUGGAUGCUCUCAAUAAGAAGCUGCACAAGGACCAGAGGAUUGAUCUGAGCAUGCUCCUUGUGGGCGAUGGCCUGACUAUUGCCAUUAAACGUUAAAAUCACUAGUUUGUUAGCAGUAGUUUUUUUUUAUAAUUGGUGCAUUGAUUUUAAAAUCAACUAUAAGAAUAAAACAUCAUAUGUGGAAUACAUUGCCUUCUGUAUGGUUCUGUCAACCUUUUCCACAGAUUAAACUUUCUCUUUAUGAUUACUGGCUUUACAAAGAGAGCAAUCAUCAAGUGCUAAAUGGGACAAAUAUAGAGUUUCAAGCAUCAAUAUAGAAUACCAGUAAUUUAUAUACAAUAAAUGUCACAGUUCUUUCAACUAAAUAUACUUAAUAAAAAAGUAAGAAAGAAAAAAGUGGUGGUGGAAAGUAAGUACAUUUACUCAAGCCCUGUAAUUAAGUACAAUUAAAAGGUCAUAGGCUACCUGGCAGUAUAUAAAGUAAACAGAUUUGGCCACA